AUGCAUUAAUCUUUCUUUGAUCCCAAACACAGAAAACCCGGUAGGCUUUUAGGUUCAAAAUAGACAGCUGUUUCUCUAAAAAAAUUUAUAGACCAAUUUAUACCUUUGAGCUGACACUUUAAAAAGACCUUUUUUUUCCAUAGACAGCCAAAAAAAGGAAAGAAUACACCUUUUGUUAAUUUAAAAUGCAUUUUGCUGGCAAAAAGGGAUCCCAAAUAGGUUAUUUUUAACUGAUUCCAAAGAAGCCAGCGCCCUAACUCAUUGGUUCUUUUAAGCUACAGUAUUCUAGAUUCAGGUGUUUUCUUUCUUUGGUGGUUUUUGGGUGAAUUUGAAAAUGACUGGGGUUGGAGAAGACCAAAUUGUUUACGAGAUUGCUGUGGUGGUUCCGAAAAGGAACGUGAAGGAAGACAAUGACGGUUUUGAUUGCGUUGAGGUUCUUGUAAAUGAGUUUAGAAAUGUGGGUUUGGUUGUUGAGAGAGUUCUUGGCCUUUCAGAUGAGUUUAUCAAGCUGGCAGCACCAUUAGAGACUUUGGGAACAGCUGCAGCCAAGCUGCAGAUGAAGAAGCCCACUCAUAUUGGAAUUGAUUUACAAUUUGGGUGGGAAGAUGUCGAAGCUUUUGUGCGGCAGCCUGAUGGCUCAUUGUUCAGUUGGUGUGAGCGUUUCCAGUGCUACCGUCACUUGAUAAAUGAAACUGUUAAUAAGAAUCCAGACUUAACUUUAAAAUUUGAUCAUAAAGAGAUCCGAUGGGAAGCCGGGGAAUCAUUACUUCAGAGGUUGGAAUUGGAAGGAAUUGUUAAACAAGUUUUCCCUAUACAUGAUGAAACGAAGAGGAAGAAGCUACUCUGGAGUUGGGCAUUAAAUUGUUCAGACUUCACAACUCAACCAAUUGAUGAGAUUUAUGCAUAUUUUGGGACAAAGAUUGCAGUUUAUUUUGCUUUCCUUGGAAUGUAUACACGUUGGAUGAUUUUUCCUGCUGCAUUUGGGCUUAUAUUGCAGUUGGUUGAUUUUGGAUCAUUAAAAUUACUAGUGCUCCCCAUUUUCUUUAUAAGCACAAUAUUGUGGGCUGUGUUGUUUUUCCAAUUCUGGAAACGUAAAAACGCGGCACUUUCAGCCAGGUGGCAUCUUAAUUUUUCUGUCAGCACAAGCCAAGGAUACAAAGUGUUGGGGAGGGAGUGGAGCUCCCUACAUACUCCCAUGGAACUUACAAAAAAUUUGGGAAUUGAUAAAACAAAAGAGAAAGAAGCAUUUCAAAGAUAUGAAUGGUUUGGUUAUCUCAAGCGAUUCAGAAAUGAUGCUAUUGUUAUUUUGAGUAUCAUCUGCCUCCAAUUGCCAUUUGAGUUGGCUUAUGCUCAUCUGUAUGAGGUCAUCGAGUCUGAUAUUGUGAAGUUUGGAUUAACUGCAGUUUAUCUUCUUGCAAUUCAGUGCUUCACACAGAUUGGGGGGAAGAUGUCAAUCAAGCUCAUUAAGUACGAAAACAAUGAAAAUACUGAAUAUCGGGCUGACAGCUUGGUCUACAAAGUGUUUGGUCUUUAUUUUAUGCAAUCAUACAUCGGGGUUUUCUAUCAUGCCCUUUUACAUCGCAACUUUAUGACCCUUCGCCAAGUAUUGACCCAGCGUUUGAUGCUUUCUGAGGUGUUGGAAAAUCUGUGGGAAAAUUCUUUGCCAUAUCUGAAGUACAGCUAUAAAAAAUAUAGAGCUGUUAGAAACAAGAAAAAACGUGAGAAAGGUUCAACUGGGAAGAUCCAAUUCACUUCCAGGGUGGAGAAAGAAUACCUAAAACCCACAUAUUCUGCAAGCAUUAGUGAGGAACUGGAAGAUGGGCUGUUUGAUGAUUUUCUGGAGUUGGCACUGCAGUUUGGAAUGAUCAUGAUGUUUGCCUGUGCGUUUCCCCUUGCAUUUGCCUUCUCUGCCUUGAACAACAUGGCAGAAAUUAAAACAGAUGCCGUGAAGCUGCUUGCCAUGUUGAAGAGGCCUGUUCCACGGGCUGCUGCUACAAUUGGAGCUUGGCUAAACAUUUUUCAGUUCCUAAUAUUGAUGUCGAUAUGCACCAAUUCUGCACUUUUAGUAUGGUUAUACGAUCAGGAAGGGAAAUGGAAAAUAGAGCCUGGCCUUGCAGCAAUUCUUGUCAUGGAACAUGUUCUGCUGUUGAUUAAAUUUGGCUUCUCCCGCUUUCUUCCUGAGGAACCUGCAUGGGUGAGGGCCAAUCGGAUGAAGAAUGCUACUCAAGCACAAGACAUGUGCACUAAACAGCUUUUGAGGAGCAUUUCUGGGGGAGAAACGGCAUCGGGUGUGUUAAUUCCUAGAAAGAAACCUGAUGGAACAGAUAAAACAGACUAAUGCAGAAACCCACCUACUGAUGUCCGAGUUUUUCCUCAAACUCAUUGCCUUAAAGAGUAGUUGAGCAAGAUCAACAAAUUGAUGCUUCUAUCAGUCGUCAAAGCUAUCUGAGUUACAAAUUUUGCAAACCAUUCAAAUAUAUAUAGGUUUUCUUUUCCUUUUGUUUUUCCUGUAAAUUUUAGUACUUCUUCAAGGAUUGUUUACAACCGAAGUGUAUGGCAGAUUUCUUGUAACAAUUUUCUUUAUGUAUAAUCAUUUCCAAAAUAAUCUGUCCCAAGUUAUAAAAACUUUCAGACGAGUAGCAGGAAGAUAUUGUGUCCUUUACAUUUAAACACCACGGAAAAAGAUGUCACCCUCUCUUUGAUGGGAAAGAAGAAACCUGC